AUGGUCAUAGUAAAACCAAAUAAUACUAGAUUCAAUACAUACGUGCAUACAUCAGCAAAACUCAACCUUAACGAUGGGGAUCAUCAGGUCUAUCGCAAGUCACCCAGAUUCUCGGGAAUCUUCCCCGGUGUCUACUUCGUCGUGCAGGUCUUAGUGUUCUCGACACAGGAUGAUCCUUAUCCACCCGGUGUACGCUAA